GAAGAAAAGAAAAAAUAGUAGGGAAGCCUUCUCUCGCUCGUCUUUGAAGCAAUGUAGUGGAAAGGGGAACGGGGGGAUCUCCGAGCGCCCGGAGAAGGGUGGGGGGUGGCCGCUCGAGGAGCAUCGCCGCACGGACAUGAGCGCCCAAAAAGUGUCUUUUUUUGCCAUUUGAGGAUGGACCCCGCGGAGGCGUUGGUGUUCUCCUUGGUGCUGGUCAUCAUCGUGGUGUCGUUGCUGUCCAACGCGCUGGUGCUGAUCUGCUUCGCGUACAGCCCCGAGAUCCGCAAGCAGGCUCCGGGGCUCUUCAACCUCAACCUGACCUUCUGCAACCUGUUGCUCACCGUGGCCAACAUGCCGCUGACGCUGGCCGCCCUGGCGAGCCGCGCGCAGCCCGGCGGCGACGCCUUGUGCCAGGCGGCCGGCUUCCUGGAGACCUUUCUGUCCACCAACUCCAUGCUGAGCAUGGCGGCGCUCAGCAUCGACCGCUGGGUCGCGGUGGUCUUCCCGCUCCGCUACCACUCCAAGAUGCGCCACCGGGACGCCGCCCUGGUUUUGGGCUACACUUGGGCGCACUCCAUCAGCUUUUCCACGGCCGCCACUUGCCUCUCGGCGCUGGGCUACCACCGCCUUUACGCCGCCUGCACGCUGGCCGCGCCGAGGGAGCGGGCGAGCGGACGCACGCAGUUCGUCGUCUUCACGGUCCUCUUCCACGCGUUCAGCUUCCUGCUGUCCUUCAUCGUGCUGUGCGUCACUUACCUCAAAGUGCUCAAAGUGGCCCGCUUUCACUGCAGGAGGAUCGACGUCAUCACCAUGCAAACUCUGGUGCUACUCGUCGACAUUCACCCCAGUGUUCGACAACGUUGCCUGGAAGAGCAGAGGCGGCGGAGGCAGCGAGCCACCAAGAAGAUCAGCACCUUCAUCGGCACCUUCAUGCUCUGCUUCGCUCCUUACGUCAUCACAAGGAUCGUGGAGUUGUUCCCGGCGGUGCCCAUCAGCCCCCACUGGGGCGCGGUGUCCAAGUGCUUGGCGUACAGCAAGGCGGCGUGCGACCCCUUUGUCUACUCGCUGCUGCGCUACCAGUACCGCAAGACCUGCGGCGACAUCGUGGACCGGCUGCUUAAACGCCACCGCUCCUCAAACGAGUCGAGGCCGAGCCCAGAGGGUCGAGGUCUCAGUUUACCCCGGGUGGAGUGACGACGAGGAACUGCCGUGGACUACGUGCACGAGCGCCUGGUGGAGUCAAGGGUAGCUAUACUGGAUCUUCCAGCACGUGACUUGAGUGAAUUAUUUAUCGAAGAGUGAUACGUAGCACUGAACGUUCCCGAUCAAGUGAUU